AUGCUGGGCGCGCGCGUGCAGCUGAAGGGGUGGCAACAGGCGGCUGUUGCAUUUGGUUCUGCAUUUGGGGCCUUGCUUGACCCAAGGAGGGCUGAUCUUAUAGCUACUCUUGGAGAGACUACUGGGAAGCCGGCAUUCGAGCGUGUGUUGCAACGAAUGAAGAACAGUGCAGAAGGCAGGGAAGUUCUUUUGGAGCGUCCUCGUGUUAUAUCCUCGCAGGUUUCCCAUGCCUGGGACAUGCCUCAGAACACGUUUGGUGCAGCAUAUGCUCAGUUCAUGAGAUCAAGGAACUUCUCACCAGACGAUCGCCCACCUGUCCGUUUCAUGGACACUGACGAGCUUGCCUAUGUUGCAACACGUGCUCGUGAGGUGCAUGACUUUUGGCAUGUGCUGUUUGGCCUUCCAACAAACCUGAUUGGGGAGACUGCCCUCAAGGUGAUAGAAUUUGAACAAAUGUUCCUCCCAAUGUGCAUGCUGUCGGUUGUAGGGGGCUCUGCAAGGUUCAGUGAGAAACAAAGGACGCUGUUUGUCCAGCAUUACUUCCCAUGGGCAGCAAAGGCUGGUCUCAAGUGUACUGAUCUGAUGUCUGUAUAUUACGAGGAGCACUUUCAUGAAGACCUGGAGGAAGUGAGAAGAAACUGGGGAAUUCUACCAUGCCCUAGUCCCAAAAAGAGCAGUGUAUAG